CAUUCAUUUCGAGAAAAUGGAAAAGAAUAUUCAAACAGACAUCUAUACUAUUUCUAUUUUGCUUGGACACCAAGUUUUAGUCUCAUAAGUCUAUUUAUUUCUACUUGCUUGCAUAGACAGUUUUUGUGGAAGGAAUCAACAAAGGCGGUAUCAAAAACAAAUUCCAUACAGUUUUUGGAUUUGUUUCUCGUUCUCCAAAUCGCGUUGACUUUACACUCUCUCUGUUUCCUCUGAUCACAAAUUGUAUUUUGUAGCUGAAAUUCAAGUAUGGGUAAGGAGAAGGUUCACAUUAACAUUGUGGUCAUUGGCCAUGUCGAUUCUGGGAAAUCGACCACCACUGGCCAUUUGAUUUACAAGCUUGGAGGUAUUGACAAGCGUGUUAUUGAGAGGUUUGAGAAGGAAGCUGCUGAGAUGAACAAGAGAUCGUUCAAAUAUGCUUGGGUUUUGGACAAGCUUAAGGCUGAACGUGAGCGCGGAAUCACAAUUGAUAUUGCUUUGUGGAAGUUCGAGACCGCCAAGUACUACUGCACUGUGAUUGAUGCUCCUGGGCAUCGUGAUUUCAUCAAGAACAUGAUUACUGGUACUUCCCAGGCUGACUGUGCUGUUCUUAUCAUUGAUUCAACUACCGGAGGUUUUGAAGCUGGUAUUUCUAAGGAUGGGCAGACUCGUGAACAUGCCCUUCUUGCCUUUACCCUUGGUGUUCGACAAAUGAUCUGCUGCUGCAACAAGAUGGAUGCCACUACUCCCAAAUACUCCAAAUCUAGAUACGAUGAAAUCGUCAAAGAAGUUUCAUCCUACCUCAAGAAAGUUGGCUACAACCCGGACAAAAUCCCCUUUGUCCCCAUCUCUGGAUUUGAAGGUGACAACAUGAUUGAAAGAUCCACCAAUCUCGACUGGUACAAAGGCCCUACCCUUCUCGAAGCUCUCGACCAAGUCCACGAGCCCAAGAGACCAUCUGACAAACCCCUUCGUCUUCCACUUCAAGAUGUCUACAAGAUCGGCGGCAUUGGAACAGUCCCAGUAGGCCGUGUCGAAACUGGCAUUAUAAAACCCGGCAUGGUCGUCACCUUCGCUCCAACUGGCCUCACUACUGAAGUAAAAUCUGUUGAAAUGCACCAUGAAGCUCUCCAAGAAGCUCUCCCUGGUGACAAUGUGGGAUUCAACGUGAAGAAUGUCGCUGUAAAAGAUCUCAAACGUGGCUAUGUUGCAUCAAAUUCGAAAGAUGAUCCAGCCAAAGAAGCUGCUAGUUUCACCUCACAAGUUAUCAUCAUGAACCAUCCAGGACAGAUUGGAAAUGGUUAUGCCCCUGUUCUUGACUGCCACACCUCUCACAUUGCAGUCAAGUUUGGGGAGAUUCUAACAAAGAUUGAUAGAAGAUCUGGUAAAGAACUGGAGAAAGAGCCUAAAUUCUUGAAAAAUGGUGAUGCUGGAUUCGUUAAGAUGAUCCCCACUAAGCCUAUGGUGGUGGAAACGUUCUCUGAGUAUCCACCACUUGGGAGAUUUGCGGUCAGAGACAUGCGGCAAACUGUGGCUGUUGGUGUGAUCAAGAGCGUCGAAAAGAAGGACCCAAGUGGUGCUAAGGUCACCAAAUCAGCUGCUAAGAAAUCUGGUAAGUGAAUUGUGCGGUUUGAAUUAUGUGUUGUGUUUUGUGUCUGUUUUCUUUUCAAAACUUUUCUCCCUUUCCCUAGUGAGUUUUCACAGAAUUGGGUUCUUGAUCGUCGGUGGGGAAGGACUGCUGUUUCUCUUGUUGUCUUAUAGGUUAUUGCUAUACAAUUUUUAUUUUCGUUGGUGGGAUGUUUUUCAUAAGUGAUCUAUUGGAUACAUUAUUUGGUGGGGAUGGUUUGAGUACUUGUAUAAGUGAACUUUUGUUGGGUUAACUUUGAGUUUGAUUUCAUUUGCUAUGCUAUUAUUGUUUACUUCUAAUUC